AUGAAAUCGCUAAAAACUUUGUUACUCUACUGUCAUGGACUUGGAGCUUCACCAUACAAUAAGUUUGCUCAGCGGAUGAAGCAAGCUGUUGAGAGUCGAAAUCUGAAUUUUCAAAGUGUAUUAUACCGAAAUGUAGGAGCAAAAAAGAUGUGGGAUGUCGAUGAAUGGCUUGAGGAUAUCCUGUUGCAUGUUGACAGGAUGAAAAAAGAAGGGUAUUUACGAACAGUUCUAGUCGGGUUUAGUGGUGGUUGUCACGGUGUUUUACGAGCGGCAGUAAAACGACCAAAUGAUAUUAGUGGUUUAUUUUUAUUAGCUCCUGGUGUCGGUUUACAUCUGAAGAGUUACGUUACCAGGGCUAUGCCGGAAAUUGCUAAAGAAUUGUUGUCAGGAAAAGCAGUUGUGUAUCCAGCGGCCAAAGACGGCUAUCCCGCUUUGAUUAAAGCGGACUGUCUGCAAAAGUAUUCAGAGAAGUGUAUAAGCAAUCGCUUGGCGAGUAUCCCUAUCCGCUGUCCGGUACGAAUCCUUCACGGUGCGGAUGAUGAAAUAGUGCCGCUGGAAAAUGUGGAACGUUUUAUAAGACAGCUACAGAGUAAAGAUGUUGUGAUGAAGGUUCUUCCCGGUGUCGGUCAUUUUAUUCCGGUUAGUAGGUAUUUUAAUAAUGUUUUUGGAGGAGGAGAGCAUCUUCAAUGCUGUAUUUAA